GGUAGCAAAAAGAGGAAGAAGAAAAAAAGUAUUGGUGAAAAAAAAAACAUUCACCAAUAUUUUAACAUGGAGAUGAGUCUUGCGACAAUAAUCUUCACCUUCACCUUGUGCACCAUCUUUAUCAUUCCUUGUUCGGAGGCAGCUGAGAAAGGCCAAGGCAACGGCUUGCAUGUUGGAUUUUACGGGCUCAGAUGUCCCAAUGCCGAGCAAAUUGUGGCUGACGUUGUGUCCAAGGCUGUGGAGGCAGACAAAAAGCUCCCCGCUGCCUUCAUUCGACUCUUUUCCCAUGAUUGCUUUGUCAAGGGGUGCGAUGCCUCAAUUCUGUUGGAUUCAACGCCCUCUCAUGAGCCUGUUGAGAUGCAAUCACCAGCCAAUGUUGAGAUCAGAGGUUUGGAAGUCAUUGACGAGAUCAAGGCCAGGCUAGAGGCAGAGUGUCCAGAAACCGUCUCUUGCGCUGACAUUUUAGCAUUUGUUGCUCGGGAAGCCGUGGCUCUCGCCGGCCUACCACGUCACAAAGUCCCCGCAGGCCGUCGCGACAGCCGUACUUCCCGCGCUACUGACGUCACCGUUCCUGGUCCUGCGACACCCCUCAACGAGAUCAUAGACUACUUCGGCAGAAGAGGCAUGACUUCUGACGAAGUGGUUGUCUUGUCUGGUGCACACUCCAUUGGCGCUGCCCACUGCAGCUUCUUUGAUUACAGGCUCUACAAUUACGACCAAACUCAAGCCCAAGACCCUGCCCUGGACCCAUUCUAUGCUGCUGAUCUGUCUCAAAAGUGCCCUGCACCCAACACAUUGCCUGAAGCCGAGGCCAAAAAGAGGGUUGUCGACUUCGAUCCCGUAUCACCACUCGUCCUAGACAACCAAUACUAUGCGAACCUGAUGCAAGGGAAAGCCUUGCUUCAAUCGGAUCAGGCUCUGGUUACUGAUCCUCGCACCAACGCUAUGGUGAUGAGGAUGGCUGCUAGUGCUGAUUCUUGGACUCAAAGAUUUGUUAGGGCCAUGAUUAAGAUGGGGAGAAUCAAUGUUCUCACUGGAGAGAAUGGAGAGAUAAGGAAAAACUGCCGGGCCUUUAACCCACUAUAGCUACCUAGGAAAUCUUUUUUAUCAUCAGUUGUGUCUAGGCCUGGAGGACGAAGCUUGUUGCAAGUUUACACCAAUUAUUAUAAUUGUCAAAUGAUUUCUUAAUUGGUUUUAA